AUGGCCAAGAGGACUAAAAAGGUUGGUCUCACCGGGAAGUACGGCACUCGCUAUGGGAGGGCUGCCCGCAAGCAGCUCCUCAAGAUAGAGACCAGCCAGAAGGCGAAGUACACAUGCCCUUUCUGCGCCAAGGACAAGGUGCGUAGGACGGCCUGCGGGAUCUGGACCUGCAGGUCCUGCUCCAAGACGAUGGCCGGCGGCGCGUACAGCCUCCACACAGAGCCUGCCAACGCAGCCAGGGCCACGAUCCGCCGCCUCCGUCUGGCCCGUGAAGACGCACAGUAA